UAUUUCUUCCCUCACUGUCUCUCACUCAUACCCCUUUUUCUCUCUUUCUAUCACGCCAAUUUGAUAUCCAAAACUCCAAACAAUGCAGCAACAGCGCCACCACCACCAGUCGCAUUUCUCCGCCGCAGGCCCCACCACCCCGUUCGGGUCCACCGCCGUGGCACCCACCGCCAGCUCCGAGGCCAAGCGCGGCAAGAGGCGAGGUAGUUACAACUGCGGCCGGUGUGGCCAGCCCAAGAAGGGCCACUCCUGCCACCUACCCGCCGCCGAUGAAGCCUUCGUCGCCGAUGUUCAAUCUCCGUCCGAUCUCUCAGUUCCCCCUCUGCCUCCACGUAAGCCCUACUCCCACCUCCGCCGGGCGCUGUCGUUCGACGACGAUGUUGAUAGCUCUGGAUGGGGCGGAGGAGGUGGCGGCGAUUUUGACUCACCGGAUCCCGACCCCGAUGAGAUCGAUGACCUUGUGGUGGAUUCGGAGUCGGGUACGGGUUUAUGCGGUCUGCCUGCGAGCUGUCUUUGGGAUAUUUUGAAGAGGCUGCCGCCGCCGGAGCUGUUGUCGGCGGCAAUGGUGUGCAAGGGGUGGAGGGAGACGACGAGGAGGCUGUGGAAGGCUGCAGAAAUGCUUAGGAUUAGGGUUCCGGCGAGGGCUCAGGUCGGGCUUGUUGGAUCGGUGUUGCAAAAGUGCCCGGCCCUCGUUAACCUAUCUCUUAGAAUGGAAAGUGAUGUGGAUGCAACAUUGCUGGCCUGGAUCACAUUUUCGUGCCCAAAUCUUGAAUUCCUGGAGAUCACUACUUCUGAAACGGCUAUCAAUCGAAUCACUGGUGAUGAGCUGGGUCGUUUUGUUGGUGAUAGAAGAUUACUGAAAAGCCUUAAGAUGGAAGGUUGUUCUAAUUUAGGCGGAUUCGCUCUUUCUUCAUCAAGUCUUUCUACAAUUUGGUUUUCUGGUCUUCACUCCCUUUCUAAGAUGGUUUUUAAUUGCCCCAAUCUAAAAGAGAUUUCUGUAGACUUUUCUAGCCAUGAAAAUGAUAAUACCGAUCUUGUCACCAUGGUUGAUGCUCUGGGAAGGAACUGCCCAAGGUUACAAAACAUACACAUUGCAUCAAUCCAGCUUUCCAAUGCUGUUGUUCUUGCCCUUACAGCUGCACAAUUAAGGGGGUUGAGAAUGCUUUCUCUUGUUCUUGGAUCUGAUAUCACUGAUGCUUCUGUUGCUGCCAUUGCUUCAAGUUACCCAAACUUAGAAUUGCUUGACCUGAGUGGAUCUAGCAUCACUGAUAGUGGCAUUGGAAUGAUUUGCAAUGUAUUCCCUGAUACUCUUUCAAGACUACUGGUUGCUCUUUGUCCUAACAUCAGUGCAAGUUUUAUUCAAUUCGCCACAGCUCAACUGCCUCUUCUUGAACUCCUGGACUGUGGCAUGACCAUAUGUGAUCCCAACUCUCUGGAUUCAACAUCCGAGGAAACCACUGGCCUUGAAUUGGCACAAACAUCCAAUGCUAAAGUACACCUUAGUUACCAGAAGCUGAUCAUUAAACAUGGCCGGCUGAAAAAACUCAGCUUGUGGGGCUGUUCUGGCUUAGAUGCUCUAUAUUUAAACUGCCCUGAAGUUAAAGAUCUGAAUUUGAAUUCUUGCAAAAAUUUGUACCCAGAGAGAUUGGUGCUUCAGUGCCCCAAUUUAGAAAAUGUGCAUGCAUCAGGUUGUCAAGAAUUGUUGGUUGGGGCCAUCCAAAGCCAGGUCAAUAAUAACUUUGCUGGUGUGGAUAGCUUAUUACCAUGUAAACGUCUAGCCGAUGGCUCAAAGAGGGUUCGGGUGCCACAUUUUCUUAGUGCACAGUCAUCCGAGGACGAUAAGAAGCGAAGAAGGGUUGAGAGGCUGAAAUGCAAUGUGCAUGUGUUCUGAAUCUGAUCACAUGUCCUGGGACAUUCCCGUUGCUCUUGUUUGUUGCCAUAUUGGUUUCCCAAAGCUGCUGUAUUUUUGUAACCAAUAACUUUUAUAUUUGAUCCUAAUCAUUGUAGGGGGGCUGGUGCCUUGUAGAAUUGCCUUUCCUUGAAGGAAACUGGAUGUAGCCUCAAACUGAUGAUAGUCCAAGACUCCAAAUUGGAGGGACACAUUAAAUUAAUUAGCCCAACUAGGAUUUACAAACCUCAUUUCAAAUAAAUUGUUUAUGUUUCAACCAUGAACCAUUUGUUGGGUUAAGGUUCUAUCUUUACUUCUAUCUGUCUAAGAAAAUAUAUUCAAUCA